UCCACGCCGUUAUGAGUUUGGUUAUUUAGUUUGCACCUAAUAGUUAGUUUAUGUAUAAUUUUUCUCUAUUAAUUCAUUACUACCUGAAUAAUGGCGGGUCGAAAAACAGUUAUCCCGUCUCAUCAAAUUGUGGAAGCAGUUCUUAAGUUUAAAGACCGUAUAAUAACUGAAGUCAAUGGUGAAAAAAAAAUUAUUGUAGCUACUGACACUGUUUGGAGUGAUAUAAGCAUUUAUUUAAAUAGUCUUAUGAGUAAAAGUGCUAUUCACACUUUUGUGUAUAAGGGACGCCAUGAGAUAAAAGAAAAGCUCGGAUUUUGUUCUAGUCCCAAGAUUGAUCCACCAGAAGCCAUCUUUAAUUCUUCCACAGAAUAUGGUAGUUCGGAUGAAAAUUCCAGCAGUAAUCUGGAUUUUCCUAGAAGAAAAUUUGUGGUAACUUUUUCUUCAGAAGAAUGGAAAAAAAUAAAACCUGAUGAUGUGCAAUACAGACUGCAUGAUAAAAAACGACCAUCACAAAGUUUUAAAACGUACUAUGCAUUAACCAAAAAUCAAUGGACACCUAUUUUGGCUGAACAUUUUUGGGUGCAUACACAACUUCCAUGCUGCUUAUCAUUCCGCAAAGCAAAUGUUCAUCCACAUGGAACAAACUUUGUGACCGUAUUUGGACGAUGUAGUGUAUGCAGCUCAUGCUUUAAAGGGAUUAUUUCUGAAAAACCAUUAGAUAAUGAAAAGGUAUUAAUGCAAUGCACGUAUACGGGGAAUUUUGACAUGUUGCACGAGCCAAAUAAAAACGCCGUUUGUUGGGAACAGCAAAGGAAAAAGUAAUAACAGCCAUUGUUCAAAAAAAUAUGUCUAGC